CGUGAAGCAAGCUUCAACUUUAUGGCAAACACGGUUAGUAGCACUGUUUUGAGACAGCAGGGCAACUUUCGCGUAUGCGAAAUUAGCAAAACUUGCUAUUCAUUAUUAUCAUGAUUUAUUUUCGAUGUAUAUUUUUGCGUUCGCAAUCGCAAUUCGAAAGUCGGCACUGUCGUCUAUGUUGCACAGUCAGUGUUGAUGGCAGGGAGCGUAAGAGCGACCUCUUCCACGCGAGAGCUCUGAGCUUGUUCCGUGACGUAUCAUGGGUGUCAUCUGUUUUAAGUAUUCUCAUCCGGAAUAUGAUAUUUUGUUAUUUUGCGCGUUUUUUUUUCAAUGAAGAAAGUGUGGUCUAUACGAUCAGAGUAAGCAUAAAAAAGUAUAAUUGUAGAAAAUAUGUAAAUAUAAAUAAUGAUUAACAAAAACGUAUAUUUUAUGUCUCAAAAAAGUUUGUGCUGUAAUGAGCUACGCCAUUACCGAGCGCAAGGAUCGUGCGGAGUGUUUGGAGCUCAAGAACAAUUCACUUUAUAUUGAACAAACGAGCUCCUCUGCUCUUUGAAAAGAGUUACUUGGCACAGCAACACUGAUCAAUAUGCACAUAAAAAGCAUGCAACAUUCUACUGGUUAAUAUGGUGCCAUCGUUGUGCUGAUGUUUGCCAGUGUGACCGUACGGUAGACUUUUAUUUUGUAGGAAGUUAUAAGUACUAGCUCCAUCUACAGUGGAUUGCGCUGUACUAUUUCAGGUUCCUGUACAUCUGAAAAGGGGCAGAAAAUUCGCAGCGCCUGCGCCUGGUUUUGAUACCAGGCUGCGAGCGAGACACACACACACAGCUCGCACUGCUUUGUCCAUGCUUAGAAGCGGGAUAGAAAUGCAGCGAACCACACUGGGUGAAAGAGGCUACGCUUGCUUAUCGGGGAAAACAAAUAUGGCGUGCCUAUUUUCCUCCACGGCUGUGUGAAAAAUAAGCAACCAGUCAACAACGAAAACUCGAGCAGUGCAGUCGAACAGGACCGCACUGUCCGGACCUGUAUUUACAAAGGCAAAAAGAGAGAGAGAGAGAGAGAGAGAGAGAGAGAGAGUGCGUGUGUGUGUUGUGGGGUAGAGAGAAAGAGAAAUACAGAAUUCUGCUGGGUUGGUAGAUGAUGUAAAACAGUUCGGUUUCAUAUGCUCCAGCUCCAGCAGUAGGGCUGGUGCAAUUAGUCGAGCGUCAAAAACCAUGCCCCAGCAGCGCAAUCAGCAGUAGAAGGUGUGCAUUGUAACAUUAAUGUGUUAGUGGUAAUACAUUUAGAAAAGCCUUUCAGUAGGUCCAUAAUGGUAGUGUAGUUAAAUAGUAAUCAUUCUGGCAACGUUUAGAGACACAUACCAGAAUCUUCCCAUGUGGUUCACAUCUUGCCAAGAAAGAAAAAGUAACGUGAACCACUCUGUGCACACGGGAUACAUGCUUCCCUUGCUAAAUUUAGCAUUUGGCCAGGACAGCCGACGUCAGACGUUGCAGGCGCUAGCGGGAAGCGUCUAGCUUUACCGUAUAUUAGCGGGUGGAGGCGGUGGUGAGUAGCUACCUUUUUCUGCAACACGUCAGCGGCAGCGGCAACAGCGCGUCACGAUGGCAGAACAGCAGCAACGUGACUCGCUCUGCCCACGGUUGAUUGAUUACCUGGCAAUCGUUGGGGCGCGCACGACGGUCGUCGCACGUUCCGGAACUGGCAACGCUGCCCCAGCACCCGGUUCGGGCAGCCAAUCAUCCGUGCAGCUACCAGAGCUGUUGCGACGCUACCCACCGAUGGACCACGAUGACUUCCCUUUGCCGCUGGACAUGGUGUACUUCUGCCAGCCGGAAGGAUGCGUCAGUGUUGGCUCCCGGCGUACCGGGUCCGCCAUCCGGGACACGACCUCCUUCGUGUUUACGCUCACCGACAAAGACUCGGGCAAGACGCGGUACGGCAUCUGCGUGAAUUUCUACCGUCCGAUCGAGAAGUCAUUGCCGCGCGUGAGUGUCGGGGCCGGUACGGCCGCUGGCAAGCAGCCCCCGAACUCCUCCCUUCGCCGCGAAUCCUGGCGCAAGAGUAUGGAGAAAAGCUCCGACUCGGCUUUUUCGAGUGACUAUCGGAGCAGCAACAUUGCGCCGAGCGACUCCUCCGACCGGGACUGUCCUAGCCGACGGGAUUCCGAUCCGCCGAACGCGGGCAACAACUACACCGCCACGCAUCAGUCGCUGCUGGGCGUGGUCGGACCGUCCGGCGACUCGGAGUCCGGCGGCAGCCAUUCGCCGUCGCCGCGCGCCUCGCGCAAGCGGUCGAAGAUCCGCAACCAUUCGCUCACCUCGCUCUGCAUCCUGUCGCAUCAUCCAUUUUUGACGAUCUUCCGCGAGUGUCUGUUCAUUCUCAAGCGGCUGAUCGACGCGUGCAACGAUUCCUGCAGCCCGAAGCGGGUCGGUGCCGCCCGACCGUCCGUGCGCGACAGCGUCUGGAACGUGCUGACCAACCAGGCCUCGGAGUCGACCAGCUCGGUGAUACUGCACGAUGUGCAGGAGAUUGAGACCUGGAUCCUGCGGCUGCUGUCCGCGCCGGUCCCUGUGCCUGGGUCGACGCGCGUCGAGGUAGACGUACUGUCCGCUGCACUCUACCAGCCGCUGGUCUUUGCCCUGCCGGAUCACACCCGAUUCACGCUGGUGGACUUUCCGCUGCAUCUGCCGCUCGAGCUGCUCGGUGUCGAUACGUGCCUGCGGGUGCUGACGCUCAUACUGCUCGAGCACAAAGUAAUCAUACAGUCGCGCAACUAUAACGCGCUCUCGAUGUCUGUGAUGGCGUUCGUGCAUUUGAUCUAUCCGCUGGAGUACAUGUUCCCGGUUAUUCCACUGCUGCCGACCUGUAUGGGCAGUGCCGAGCAGUUGCUGCUCGCGCCUACACCGUACAUUAUCGGCCUGCCAGCAACCUUUCUGAUGUACAAGAAGAACUUUCGAUUGCCGGACGACAUUUGGCUGGUUGAUUUGGACUCGAAUAAGCUAACACCGGCGUCCGGUGAUAUGGAAGCAAUACCAAUGUUACCUGAGCCGGAAGGUGGUAUACUGAAAAAUCACUUAAAACAGGCCCUCAACUCCAUGACAACGGGUAGUCAAACGUCCUCGCUGCCUGUCCGUCAGCAAGCCACGGGCAACGGUCGCGAUAGCUUCAGCAGCUCGAACGCCACCACUGGGCUAGCGCUGCAGGCUCCCCAAGCGUCUGCAUCGCACGGUUCGAAUCACGGUGGUGCCUCGUCGAACGCCGCUAUGCCCAUGACCGGACUCUCCAGUUCCACGGCCGCCUCCCAACAACCGAGCCCCGUGGGACAGCCGUCGACCGUAAAUCCGCUCAUCUUUGGUGCCGACGUCGACUCGGUAGACGUGGCGACACGCGUUGCGAUGGUGCGCUUCUUUAACUCGCAAAACACACUCGCAAACUUUACCGAACAUACGCGAAUUCUGCGGCUGUACCCGCGACCGGUUGUCGCCUUCCAGAUCAACAGCUUCCUGCGGUCACGGCCGCGCACGUCCGCCUUUCUCAACCGCUUCGCUCGCACCCAGGCCGUUGAGUGGCUGGCCGAGUGGUCGCUAACGCCCUCGAAUGUGGCGUUUCUGCGCGUGCAGACAGGCGUGCUAGACCCGGCGCAGGUCGGCGAUAAGCCGAAAUGGUACGCCCACACGCUCAACCCGAUCCGCUUCCAGGUGUGGGACGAGGGCAGCACGCUGAGCGUGGCACUGAAGCGCAUGCUGCGUCUCGAGAAUCAGCCCACCGAUGAGAGUGGUUCCGAUUCGGACGGCGCGGACAGUACCAGCUCGUCCUACUCGUCGCUGAGCGACUUUGUGUCUGAGAUCGUAUCAUCGGACCUGUCGCCGAGCCUGCACGAGGUGUACGCCAACCAGCACCAUCAUCACGUCGCGCCGAAGAACCUGUCGUCCAACCUGGAUCCGCGUCUGGUGUAUCGGCCGCCGAGCUCGCUGCGCUUUCCGGAAGGUAUGCAGCCGCAGCCGCGAGAACCGAGCGGCACGGAGCAGGUAGACUCGGCCGAGUCGACCUCGUCGAGCCAGUCCGAUCUCAGCUCGCCCAGCUUCAACCGUGACUCGGAGUUCGAGUUCAACCCGAAGACCCGCAACGAGGUGCACCUGGUCGUGAAGCCGGAGCGCGAGCACGGCAGCUUCGAGAACGAGUCGGACUCCAACUCCACCACCACGCCAAAGACGAUCGUAUCGAAGGACAGUGGGGGGUCGCACGAGGCCGUCACAGGCGUGAAGCGCACCGGGAAGCUGUCCAAGAUUCCUCCACCCAUAUCGCCGAACUUUGCGCGCCAGCAGAGCGGGGCGAACUUGCUGGCACGCACGUCAAGCUCUGGCUCUACCGGGUCCGGCAGCCAUCCGCCGUCGCUUGGAUCUGCCGGAUCGCAGCGCCAGAGCUCGCAGGGCUCCCUGUUCGAGGUGCUGACCACGCAGGCGAAGGAACUGGUUAGGGAGACGACCCGCCAGAGCAGCCAGGAUGGGCUCCUGGCACAGAUGGACAAGUUCAAAGUGCAGGCCAAGGAAAUAGAAGAAGAUCUCAAGAUUCUAGCUCCUCUUGAGCAGCUUACGUUGCAGGCUAAGAAGGCCGCAGAGGAGGCGUCUAAGCAAGCGCUCGAAGCGUCCAAGCAGGCGGCUGGCGUUAGCAAGAACACCAUCGAAGAUCUGACCUAUGUCGGCAAAUCUACCAUCGGCGAUCUCACUAAAUCGGCCAAGGAGGUAGCGGCCAAGAAGGGGCUGCUGCAGCAAGGUACCGGUCCGUACACUGGACCACAAUCGCUGAAUUCUCCGACCACAAACACGGUGGCGACCACCAACCAGUCGCUAUUUUCAUCGAUCACCAGCGACUUCAACGGUAUCGCCCAGUCAACAUCCUCAAUGUUUUCCGAUCUGUUCGGUGGCAAGCAGAAACACCAGCAGCAACAGCAGCAUCACCAGCAGCAGCACCAACAGCACCACCAACAGCAGGGAGGCGAUUCACAUCGUGGGACCAGCAUGCUACAGCAACAGCAGCUCAAAAUGAAGGAAAAACUAUCGUUCGAUCCAUUUCCCGGCCGCAAGGGGCUGGUGGAGCGAAACCCGCUGAUCAAGCACUCUGGCCCAAAGCAAACGAAGGAGGAAAUGCAGCGAAUACAGAACGCCGAACGAUCGACGAGUAACUCGGAAAAUCAAACCUUUCUAAAGGAUCUGGUCAACCAGGUCCUAGCCGGGGAGGGCGUUGGAUGGCUGAAGCUGAACCGACUCAAGAAACUGAUGGAGGACGAAUCGUAUCGUAUGCUGGUGCUGGGAAAGCUCAACAGGACGCUAGAGCGAAAGAUUGGCCCAGACGACCAUAUCGACGACGUGUGCAUAUCGAAGGCAGUGUACAAAGGAACGCUCAAGUGUUUGUUGGCGAUAACGCACGGGCUGGAGCACACGAUAGGGAACUUUGGUCUCGGCGGGAUGGCGUCCGUGUUUCAAAUGAUGGAAAUCGCUCACACGCACUACUGGAGCAAGGAUUUAAGUGAAGGUGCGGGUUCCGAGAUGUCUGCCAGCUUGCUGUCCAGCCAGAGCGUAAGUCCGAUGGGCAGUCGGGAGAACCUAAGGUCACCCCAAAGCCCCACGGAGCUGUCGGAUUGGAUGCUGGGUGGCUCUCGCAAAAGCUCCAGUGCUAACAACGACCAUAUCGCCCUCUCGCGUCACCCGUCGGAGAACGAGCAGGAGAACCAAUCUACGUCGGAAAUGUUCAAGGACAUGCUGUCCCUGAAACGGAAUGUGUUGUUCAACAAGCUGACAUCCUUUGAGUCGGAGGGUAGCAUUGCGAUGCAAGAUUCAUCUGGGACAUUAUCUGUCGCUAGUGACGUUUUGCCGCAACAGCAAUCCGGUGACUUUUUGGCUACCUCUAUCUCUUGCCGUUCGACGGUGUCGGAUACCGAGUAUGAGAAAUUUCCGAAAAGCUCCACCCUGAAGGACGCAAAAAAGAUGGCGGGUGGUAUAUUUUCCGGCAAGUCAUCACUAAGUGCGGGCUUUCGCUACACUGGCGGCAGCCUAAUUCCGUCGUCCGGGUCGCCUUCGCCGGAUGCGCCCCGGGUGUAUCUGUUCGAGGGGCUGCUAGGUAAGGAUCGGUCCAGCAUCUGGGACCAGAUGCAGUUCUGGGAAGACGCGUUCCUGGACGCGGUCAGCCAGGAGCGGGACAUGAUCGGCAUGGAUCAGGGACCGGGCGAGAUGAUGGAGCGCUACAAGGCGCUGUCCGAGUCGGAGCGCAAGCGACUCGAGCACGAUGAGGACCGGCUGCUGUCCACGAUGCUGUACAAUCUGACAGCAAUUCUGGUAAUGCUGAAUGUACACAAGCUGGAAAUCAAGAAAAAAGUACGGCGACUGCUAGGCAAGAGCCACAUAGGGUUCAUUUACUCGCAGGAGGUGAACCUGCUACUCGAUCAGAUUAAUAAUCUGCAUGGUAAUGACAUCGAUCUGAAGCCGCUGGGAUCCCGUUUGCUGCACCGGCAAAGCUUCACCGUACACCAGGGCAUCGAUGCGAGCGGAUCGCUCCGCUUCAUUGAAGUGCGUGACGACGGACUGGUGCUGCGUUCGGUGAACGGUAGCAUCACCGAGCGAUGGUGGUUCGAGCGGCUAGUCAACAUGACCUACUCGCCGAAAACGAAGGUGCUGUGCCUGUGGCAGCGUAACGGGGGCCAAACGCAGCUGCACAAGUACUACACGCGCAAGUGCAAGGAGCUGUACAACUGCAUCAAGGAGUCGAUGGAACGCAGCGGAUGCGCCGGCCAGGCCCCCGAGCUGGGAGGCGAGUUCCCAGUGCAGGACAUGACGACCGGCGAGGGCGGUCUGCUCCAGGUGUGCCUUGAGGGCGUCGGACUGUUGUUUGCGAACAGCAAGUUCUUCAUCCGGCUUAAUCAUAUACGGAAGUGCUUCACACAGAAAGGUGGCGUGUUCAUUCUGGAGGAGUACAAUCCCAAAACAAGACUUAUUAUUCAACGAAAAUACAAAUCCGCCAUGGCCGACCAGAUAUGCUACGCCGUGCUGUGUGUUUUCUCGUACAUUGCGGCGGGCCAGGAGCAGACCAAGCAGCAGCAGGGUGCAGCGGCGAAAGGGGCUGGGACAGCGGGACCACAGCACGUACCGGUACCGACCAUGCAGCUAUCGCCCUCCUCCAAACCGUCGCAAUCGCAACACCAACAGCCGCCCCAGCCGCAACAGCAGCAGCAGCAGCACCAGUCGCAGAAAAUUCAACAGACGCAUCUUCCACAGCAAAGCUCGCCCAAGCUGAAGACGGUCGUUGGCAAACCGAUCAGCCCUAAGCAGUCGGCACCAACGAUCCAGCCACCGGCAGCGCAUGCCGCGGCUCCAUCGCCGGCCCCGAUGCAAGCACAAUCGCAACCGGCCCAAACGCUUCCGAAGAGCACACCGCCCACGCCGCAGCCCGAGCCGGCCAGCCUGGACCGCGUCAAGCCGCCCACGGUGCCGGCCCGUCCGAAGGUCACCACGGCCGGCUCCGUGACCAGCAGCCCGCCGGCAACCAAGGCACCGGUCCUGGUGUCGAACCGUGGCCCCCCGCCUGCCAUACCGCCCCGCACCAGCCUGUCGCAGCGUUCCGACUCGGUGUGCAGUGCGUCCGGCCACCAGCAACCGCUGCAGCGCCAGUACUCCGCCAUCGAGCCGUCCUCGUCCGGGCGCUCGGCGACCGCCAAACCGUUCCCGUUCCGCUCGCUGCAGAAGCAGUCGACGGAUGCUGGCGGUAGCAAGGCGGGGCAGGAGUAGGCUAAGCGCGGAUGGCUAGUAGAUGUCUGGGAAAUGGGACAGUCUUUGCGUCGGCGGUAGUAAGCCGUCGUUUGCAAACGCAUGGCGCAUCCAUUGGGCGCAUUUGGGCGCGCGUACCACUAGAACACAACGAUCGAAACGCUAGCCAGGAUGAGGAUUCAAUGAGGUUCGCUAAAUGUCAAACCAGAGAAGAGCAGAAACUGAGAGAGAGAGAGAGGAGAGAGAGAGGGAAACAAUAGAUGAAGGAAGUGUUAUCCACUGGACAUGGAGUAUCAAAUAGCAUAGUUCAAUCAAUAAUUAGCAACAGAUGUAUAGACCCCAACACGACACAUGGGUAUUGCGUGCUGUUAAAAGUAAGCUUUAAAUGCCACAAACCCCUGCGGGUAGGAUGUAACGAGCGGGUCUCGCUUCUAGGUGUUUCAGUUCCGUCGAUUUGCCUGUUUGCUGUGUUUUGUGGCAGUGCUGUAAACCGUUAUUGUGUUACUGUUGUCCGCCCUGGUUUUUGGUUCCUACUGUGAGAUGCUUUCCCUGUGCACAAAUCGUUAUUUAUAGAUCUAUAUACAUAUAUUAACAAGAUUGGUAUGCGCGGUCCGAGCAGGACACAUUCGCUGAUAGUGUGAUAACAAAGACAUACAAUGUACGAAAGUAGGAAUAGAAGAGUACUGCCAGAGUUCGAGCCGUCUCGGUCGGCGGUAAAUGCCACAGAGCGGGCACAAUGUAAGCCAUUUGCAGCCGAUCGAAGGUAUCGAAAGAACCCCAACGUCGCAUCAGUCGUUGCGCUUACGUUUAAGUUGACCCUUUAAGCUUUAACACUACACAUACAAAUAUACAUAUAUAUAUAUAUAUAUCACGAAUGGCGGCACAACAGCAAGCACCCGCUCUCUAUAUUACUGUUUUACAUUGUUGAAGCAUGUUAGACGAAGUGGCAGCUGUGUGCAGCAGUUACAUCCCCGCCCACCACCAGCUCCCCCGAAUCCUAGUGUAGUUCCGCCAGUGUGAUAGCAACCUAGACGCGUUAGCGACCACAAGAGCAAUACAAACUUUCUAGAGCAAACAGAUGAAGCAACAAAACAAAACAAAAACGAGACACCGGGAAGGAAAAAAGUGUAAAAUUAGCGCAUCAAAUAUAUAUAGAUAUGGCGACGCGUACACCUGUCACCAACAA